AUGUUCUACCCUCCAUAUCUUUUUGGUUUUCCUCUUUCACCUCCUACCUCUCUGUUUUCCUUAUUCCCUCCUCCUUUCAUUUUGCUUUCUUUAAAACUACUUGUCUUUCUUUUUUCGCUAGCUUUUCUUUCUUUUUCUUUCUUUUUUUCUUUCUUAUUUCUUCUUUUUUCUUUCUUCUCAUUUCUGCUUUUUUCUUUCUUCUUUUCCUCCUCCUUCUACUUUUCUUUUUUUCCCCUCCUCCUUUUAUUUCUACUUUUCGUCCUACUUUCUUCUUUUCCGCCUCCUCCUCCUCCUUCUUUCUUUUUUCCGCCCCACCUCUUCUUCUUUCCCGUCUCCUCUUCUUUCUUCUUUUUUCUUUUCCAUCUCUUCUUUCUUUUCCGUCUCUUCUUCUUUCUUCUUUUCAACCUCCUCUUCUUUUUUUAUUCUUUUUUUUUCCGUCUCCUCUUUUUAUCUUUUCCUUCUCUUCUUCUUUCUUCUUUUCCUCCAACUGUUCUUCUUAAACUUUCCUCCUUCUCUUCUUCUUUUCCUUCUACCCCUACAUUUCUUUAUUAUUUUCCUCCUCUCCUCUCGAUUGUUUCGCUUUUUCCUUCUCUUUCUUCGACUGCCUCUUCCUUUUAUUUUUCCUACUCUUCCUCAUAUUUAACUCCCCCUCUCCCGUCUUCUAUUCUCUCCUUCCGCCUCGACCUUAUCUCGCUCCUUCCGCCUCUCUCUCUCUCUACUUUCUCCUUCCGCAUUUCCUCCUUCCCCCGUCUCUCUACUGACCCCGUUCUUUUGUUGCUUUCUUUUACCCUCUCUUACAUUUGA